UGCUAUUAAUCAACUUUUUUUUGGUACGCGGGAUCCAGACCUAUAAAACUAGUUGUGCACAAGUGCAACAGAGUGUAUAUAAACACUAGGAUAACAUUUUUGGAAUUAUUAGUAAUUUGAGCUCGAAUAGUACUCGUAUCCCCAUCGAUAACCAUUAUCUGGUGUUUUACAUAGAUAAUAACAAAUAACAAUCAUGAUUUUUAAAGUAUUUUUGUUUGCGUUGUUCGUAGCAGUGGUAAUGGCGGAACAAACUGCAGAAGAGGCAUGGCCACAAUAUAAGAAAGAUUUCAACAGGUCGUACGACGCCGCUGAAGAUGCCGAAAGGUUCGCCAUAUUCAAGGAAAAGUACAACCAAAUACAAGAACAAAACAGGCAAUACGCAGCUGGUAAAUCAACAUGGACAGCAGGAGUGAACGACUUUACUGACAGAAAACCCGAAGAACUUAAACACCUCCAUGGUAUCAGGGUUCCUGAGGGAAACGCCGCUGGACUCCAUUAACCUAUUACUACCUGAAUGUUUUAUACCUGAAAUAAAGUGAUCAAUUUCGA